UGAGGUAAAGCUGAGCUAGACGGAGGACUGCCGCCACUUCAGGGAGUUGUUUUUAUUAAAACUAACAAAAUAUUUCCUCUUUUUUUCGUGUAAUCUAUUUUGGACGCAUUCAAACUGUGCGGGGAAGUAAACAUUUCUGUUUUUGUUGACCGUUCAACCGCCAACGAGCGACCGCGGCGAGUCAAGUGGGAACUCUUCACUGCAAUUAACUUGUGUGGAUUUGUUGCCGUUGCUCCGACUGAGAGCCGGCAGUUUGCGGCGGUCCGUUGAGGGUCCACUGGCUUCACUUUGUGCGUGUUUGUUUGUCUCCGUGCGACGCUACUCGGAAUACAUCGGCUCGGCCACGGAACAAAACGCUGGAGUGAUUCAGGUGGCCGCUUGCCUUUCACGUCUCACCUGGUGCCCCCCCCCCCUCCUGCCCUUAGCCGCCUCCGGAUAAUGAGCGGUUCCCCGUGUUUUUCCGGGUGAUUUACGGCCGCGCUGCCGGUGGAGCGUGAGAGAGAGACAGCGAGGAGCGUUAAACGGUCCGUGAAGUCGGACGGAGCGGCGUCGCGCUCGAUUUUGUUUGAAAUUAACGACAGUCGGUCCUUCCAAUAACGGCCGAUGGAUUCGUGCCCGUGAUCUGGAGCCCCCCCCCACGCAUCCCCCUCCGGUGCCCCAAUCUGAGCCCUUGAAGUGGGUUUUUUAAAGAAGGAAACGGUUGCAUCCUCCCGGAGACAACGAUGUUUCCCCAGGGGCGACACCCGGCGCCCCACCAGGCUCCAGGCCAGCCCUUCAAGUUCACCAUCCCAGAGUCACUGGACCGCAUCAAGGAGGAGUUCCAGUUUCUUCAGGCACAGUACCACAGCCUCAAGAUGGAGUGUGAGAAGCUGGCCAGUGAAAAGACAGAAAUGCAGAGACACUAUGUCAUGUACUACGAGAUGUCUUAUGGCCUCAACAUCGAAAUGCACAAACAGACUGAGAUUGCCAAGAGACUAAACACCAUCUGUGCACAAGUCAUUCCUUUCCUCUCGCAGGAGCAUCAACAGCAAGUGGUCCAAGCUGUGGAGCGAGCCAAACAGGUGACCAUGGCAGAGCUAAAUGCUGUCAUCGGAGUACGUGGACUGCCCGGCCUUCCACCUACUCAGCACCUAUCCCAUAACCACAGUGGUGCCUCUGUGCCCCUCACUCCUCACCCUGCCGGCCUCCACCCCUCUCAGCUGGGUGGUUCAGCUGGUCUCCUGGCUCUAUCAGGAGGACUUGGAGCUCUUCCUCCCCACAUGUUGGGAAAAGAUGGUGGCGAUAAAAAGCCCCACAUGUCCGGGCCAGACGCACACCCAUCAGGACCCGAGCACCUGAGAGAGCGAGAACCCGGCACAAGCAACUCAUUGCUGCCAGAAAGUCUUAGGAAUUCAGAUAAGAGACGCAACGGACCAGAGUUUCCAAACGACACCAAGAAACGCAAGGUGGACGACAAGGACUCGAGCCACUAUGACAGCGACGGGGAGAAAAGUGAUGAUAACUUAGUGGUGGAUGUUUCAAAUGAGGAUCCAGCCUCCCCCCGAGGCACGCCCCUCCCCUCCCCUAGAGAAAAUGGCCUGGAUAAAGCACGUCUUCUCAAGAAAGACCCUUGUAGUCCAGCCUCCACUGCAUCAUCAGCCAGCUCCUCCUCCCUUAAGUCCAAAGAGAUGACGAUGCGGGACAAGGCAGGAACACCUGGACUAAAGUCAAGCACACCCACCCCUAGAGGUGACUCCACCCCUGGUCCAAGCUCCAUUCCUGGAAUCCGGCCCAGUCUAUCAAAACCCCCAUCCAUGGAGAUACCACAUCCACCCACUGCAGGUUUGCGGACCCCCCUGGCUGUACCCGGCCCAUACCCGGGUGCCUUUGGUAUGUUGCCCCAUGCAGCAGGGAUGAAUGGGGAGCUGGCAAGUGCAGCCGGAGCUGCGGCCUACGCUGCUGGUUUGCACAACAUGUCACCUCAAAUGAGUGUUGCUGCGGCGGCUGCUGUGGCUGCAUACGGCCGCUCAACUAUGGUUGGUUUUGAUCCUCAUCCUCACAUGCGAGUUCCUGGGAUGCCUCCCAGUCUGACGGGAAUCCCUGGCGGCAAACCUGCUUAUUCUUUUCACGUGGCAGCCGACGGACAGAUGCAGCCGGUACCAUUCCCUCCGGAUGCUUUGGUGGGCCCAGGGAUUCCUCGCCACGCCCGUCAGAUCAACACACUGAACCAUGGGGAGGUGGUGUGCGCCGUUACCAUCAGUAACCCGACCCGACACGUUUACACAGGAGGGAAGGGUUGCGUCAAGGUCUGGGACAUUAGUCACCCAGGAAACAAGAGCCCAGUGUCGCAACUUGACUGUCUGAACCGAGACAACUAUAUCCGCUCCUGUCGUCUACUUCCUGAUGGCCGGACACUGAUUGUGGGAGGUGAGGCGAGCACGUUGUCAAUCUGGGAUUUGGCCACGCCUACUCCCAGGAUUAAGGCAGAGUUAACGUCAUCAGCGCCGGCAUGUUACGCUCUGGCCAUUAGCCCGGACUCCAAGGUCUGCUUCUCUUGCUGCAGCGAUGGGAACAUCGCGGUCUGGGAUUUACACAAUCAGACACUAGUUAGGCAGUUCCAGGGCCACACAGAUGGAGCCAGCUGUAUUGACAUCUCCAAUGAUGGCACCAAGCUGUGGACCGGAGGCCUCGAUAACACCGUCCGCUCCUGGGAUCUGAGAGAGGGACGCCAGCUGCAACAGCAUGACUUUACAUCACAGAUCUUCUCUCUUGGCUAUUGUCCGACAGGAGAGUGGCUCGCUGUUGGAAUGGAGAGCAGCAACGUUGAGGUCCUUCACGUCACCAAGCCGGACAAAUACCAGCUUCACCUACAUGAGAGCUGUGUACUGUCCCUGCAGUUUGCCUACUGCGGUAAAUGGUUUGUGAGCACAGGAAAGGAUAACUUACUGAAUGCAUGGAGAACACCCUAUGGAGCCAGUAUAUUCCAGUCUAAAGAAUCCUCUUCGGUGUUAAGCUGUGACAUAUCUGUGGACGACAAAUACAUCGUCACUGGUUCUGGGGACAAGAAGGCCACUGUUUACGAGGUCAUCUACUAAAAUGAUGGAAAGAAAGCGAGGACAUUCGUUCCUUCCCACACAGCAGAGUGGAGCAAGAAAUCACAAACACCAGUGACCUUGAUGGCACGUUCUUUUUUUCUGUUCUAUCUGCCGAGGUGACACAGGAAGGAGACAUUUUACAUGCACACAUCUGUGAUUGUGUUCAUGACUCCAUAUCAGCUGGGAAUUAACUGGAGCAGCUGGAUGUUCAAUGGAAGGAGACAAAUUAUUUGGAUGUUCUUGUCUGCCACGGCUUCCUGCUACGGACGGCCACGGAUUCAGUUACAGGGACCAAACAAUGACUGGCACUGCAUUGUUUAGACUGGGACCAGCUCAUCUGGAGAACACUGUACUGAACAUUAGGUUUUAAAACACUCUUGACUCCGUGUUAUGACCAAGGGCAGAAACGCUCGAAGGAACACGCAACCAGGUGGUUGAAUAUGUAAACAAAAUGUCAGACGGAAAGAGGAGAAUGGGGACAGAACCUGACAAAAUACUGGAGAGAUGGAGGAGGACAGCGAUUGAAGAACACGUUGGUUUUAAUUUAGCUGCAGACAGACGACGCUCACUCAGCUCUGACCUUAGAACCUCAGCGUGCCGUUCUGAUACGCCUACACUGAAAAGUACCUUUUCUGUCUGGACAGUAAGUCCUAUCCUCAAUAAACUGCACUGUAAUGAUAGCUAUCCACCUCCACACUUAGUACACACAAACAAUGUAAUAAACACACUGAUGGCCAUGUUGACUUGUCUAGCAUCAUGCUGUUGAAAUCUCUGAUGGGUAAGUUUGAUCGUCUGAGACAAAGUAUGUUUUCAUAAUUCCUUCCGCUUUCAGAUGCCCACAAAAAGUUUUGCUCAAAAGACAAUUUACCCUAAAUGUUGCUAUAGAGAGCUUAACUCCCAGAAUGAUAUUUUUUGUUUUCUAUUUCUUAUGAUCCUGCUUGAAAGACAAAUUAUUGGAAACCUGAAGGGGAAACAUGUUUCAGAGAUUGAAAUAAUCCUCAUUUCUAUUGAUCCUUGUCUUUCUAGUGUACCUGUUUCUACAGAUUUAUAUUCUCAGACAGCUGUACGCCACACGCAACAUACGCCUUCAUUCUCCCCCCCCCCCAGCUGCAUAUGCUGACAGAGCCCCACCUUUACUUGCGCUUUAACUGAAUUGACCUGAAAACGUUUCAGAGACUCUGUAUUGAUCACUGAUCAGCUCUGGCUAUAGCUUCAGAUUUACAAAAGGCUGUUUUGAUGCAUCGAGACAUCACCCUGCUGUUUUAAUGCAGUUUGCCUGUGCCCUUUUUUUAAAUUUCUUUCUUUUUUUUUACAUGAAGUUUAUAGGUUGAGGUAAUGAUUAGAAAUAAUAGUCUAAUGUAUUUUUCCCCCCCCUUCAUUACAUAUUAUUCACUAAACAAACAUCUUAAGAACAUUUAUUUUAUUUUUUUAAUAAAUCCUGUUACUUCUUUCUGCUAAUAUUGUAGAAUGUGGAUAUUUGUGAAAUUGCCUUGAGAAGUUCAACUGUGUGUUGUCUCCUCACUUCGCAGAGAAGAUUCAAGCCCACAAGCACGAUGCAAUGAUUAGCCAACAGUCCUACAGAGAAAGGUGCAGUUGUCUUUUCAGUUUCAGGAAGGAGUCAGUCAGUUUCAGCCAUUCAUCAUGACUGUGUGCUUAUUUCUGUCUGUUGAAUGUUUGUAAAAAUGUAAAUAUUUUUUUUUUCAUACAUGACAUGUUUUAGAAAUAACAAACUGUUUUUGUAUGUCUUUUACAUGGAAAGAAAUGUCUAAUCAGGAGAAAUACUAAAUGGUCUUAAUGCUAGCUAAUCUAAAAUGAUUGAAAUAUCUAGACAAUAAAUGGGUUGUUUUUUUUGUAA